AUGCUGCGUCCCAAUAUUAUUUGGCAAGACUGUAUUACUGCGGUUGGGGUAUCGAGUCCGACAGAGUUAUCGCCAUGCAAUGGUACAAAAAAUCGCUCAAUAAUGGAUACUCAAAAGCUCGUUUUGAAAUAGGCAUGAUCUAUUACAAUGAAUUUGGUUACAAUGACCAAACCGAUUACAAAAAGGCAAUUCGUUAUUUACAAGAGGUCACUCGAAAUGAAAAUGAAUUACCCUCCUGUCGUUAUAUUGCACGAAUGUUUUUUACAGGUGGUUACCGCAUUAAAAAAGAUUAUGAGCAAGCACUGUUCUGGUACUUAAAAAAGGACAAUAUACCUUCAGAUAAGGACUAUCUUAUUUUAGCAAGAAUUUAUGCAGAAGGCGGAUUUGGAGUUAAAAAAGAUUACAAGGAAGCUGAAAAGUGGUGUUUAAAAUCCAAAUGGUCCGAAAGCUAUGUUAUUUUAGGCAACAUCUACUUUAAAGGUGACCAUGGUCUUGAAAAAAACUAUGUUACCGCUUAUGAUUACUGGUCUGAAUGCCAUGGUUCGGAUAAAGCAUACUCGAUGGGUAUUUUCUAUGCAUUGCGCGAUGACGAGCAAGAUUUCAAAAAGGCUUUAACCUGGUUUAAACAGAGCGGGGACACCGUCGAUCCAACAUGUCAAGUAGCAGCUGGCCUUCUUUACGAGAAAGGUUUAGGUGUCGCACGGGAUUACAUCGAGGCCAUGUUUUGGUAUAAAACGGCCUGCUUAAAAUCAAACGGUGGUGCAUUUAUCCGUGUCGGCUGGCUCUAUCAUAAAGGACUUGGUGUGCAACCAGAUCUUAAAAAAGCAUAUGACAUGUAUGAAUACGUGUUAAACAACGAACAUUCUGAUUUGUCACACAAAUAUCAUGCUAUGGCAUAUAUAGGCCUAUUAUACAAGGAUGGUCUUAACGUCACUCAAUCUGAUACGAUCGCAAUAGAGUACUUUCAAAAGGCAGCUGAUGGGGGAGAUCCUGAUGGCUGUAAUUUUAUGGGUGACAUUUAUAAAUAUGGACGUGGUGUUGCUCUUGAUUAUGAAAAAGCAUUUCAGUAUUACGUCAAGUGUGAUGAAGCUUGCCACAAUAACAUGGUCUUCUGCGAUGAAGGAUGGCUUAAUCUCGGCAUUAUGCAUUUAAAUGGAUUAGGUACAGAAGUGAAUAGAGAACUAGCUUUAAUGUAUUUAAAAAAAGCUUUGAAAUAUGGAAACGAUGAAGCAUCAAAUUUUAUAGACCAAAUAGUUAGUGACCUAAACAUUGUGAAUGCCACUAUUGAUCAAGACAAUUUUACUGUACAAUACCCGUCUACUGACACAAGAACAACCAGCUCAGAUCAAGUGAACUCACCUGUGUUUCUCCAUGUGGAUGCUGUAAAUGCAAUUAUUUCAGACCACGAGAAGCUCCCUACGUUAAUAUAUGUUGAAGACAAAAGAGAUCCUAUACCGUUGGAGGCGAAAUGUGGUGAUUUUCUCCAUUUGGAAGACUGUGUCCCCGAACCCCUAUAUUAUAUGUCUCCCACACAAAUAUGAUAUUAGGUUUUGUAAUUGUGAAGCAUUUAUAAAUCCGCUAGUUAUAAGAGUAUAAUUUAAUUAUUAAAAAAUUGGUCUAUUACAUACAUAUGAA